CUUACCUAUUUCUUUUCAGAGACUGCAGGAGUUUUGGGCUUGCCAGCAAAGGAAAUGGUUAAGAGAAAAGGUUUUAUAAGCCCAAAAAAGGAAUGUAAAAGGUGUGAAAUCUUCGGGUGUGUUGGAUCGUAGAUCUCACUGUAGAAACAGCUGCUUCCCUUUAUGUUAGUUACUUAGAACUUGCAUGUAAGUUACUUGAGCCCUGUGCCAUGUGGGUGGGGGGCUCAAAGUGCAGCUGGAGAGAGGCAGAGAUCAACAGGGAGAGAGAUUGUGGAACUUUCUUCCACUGGGAGCAUUUCUCAACAACUGAAGUAUGAAGCAUGUAAGUUGUAAGGGUUUCAUUGUGGGGAGGCAGAUAAUUUCUUGGUUUUACUGAAGGAAAUCCUCUGAAGAUUCAAUGAGGAAAUUCUAGAAAGCCAGUAUCAAUGUGGCAGUUUGAUAUGAAUCUAUGAACCAGUGAAGAAAUGAAAGGACAGAACAUACCAGCUGUUAUCAUCUAUUUGUUUCUCAUCAGUGCUACACUUUGGGGUUUUACAGAACAGGUAGAAGUAACAGGGCUGUUUUCCAAGGAUUGCACCCUCCCUUGUCCUUUCCCACCUGGGCAUGAUGAAGUAAUUCACUGGAGCAAAGAGAACAAAAUAGUGCACAGUUACUACCAACAGAAGGAUCAGCUGGAAAAACAAGAUCCACAUUACAGAGGCAGAACACACCUUUUUCAUGAGAACAUCCCUAGUGGAAAUGCCUCCUUGAAACUUAAUAACCUGACCAUGACUGAUGAGGGCUCUUACACCUGCUACGUGGGAACAGCCCAAGAUCGAACAGAAGUGGAAGUGCUGCUACGUGUACGAGCUCCUUCUUCUUAUGCAUUGGAAUACCAAAAGACAAACACAGAAAGGAGACUGAAGUGCUAUGCCUUUUUCACUUACCCAGCACCAAAUAUAUCUUGGAAACAAGGCAAUGUAUCUGUCCAAGAGACAGAUUGGGAGGAAACCAGGAAUGGAGUUCUCCAUUCUCUUAGAAGCGAAAAGGACAUUAUAAACACAACAGAUACUUACUACUGUUAUGUUCAUUUCCAUCAUGACGUGUGGGCUGCUGAAUGGAAGAUGAUGCAAGACCACCUGCAUGAAGUGGAAGGAAGUCACACCACAAUUCCUUGUGAACAUGGCAAUGAUGCUGUGAGCACUGAUGGUUUCAGUGUGGUCUGGACUUUACACAAAAAUGGAGUGACCUCAGUCCUGGCCUCCUUCAAUGGCACACCUCACUCUCACCAGCCUCGAGUCCAGAUUGACAAAACUGACUUUUCACUGAUGUUGGAUUAUCUCACUGCAGAUGACAGUGGAGAAUAUCUGUGCAAUAUUUCAACACCUCUCUACACAAAACUUACUGUGAGCACUUUGCAUGUUGAAAAUUCAGGUAACACCUUGAUAAUUGUGCUAGUAGUGGCAGUGCUAGCAGCGGUAGCAGUGGUAGCAGUGGCACUUUACUGUUUCAAGGUAUGUACAAUGAUUAAUUGUUUUUAAGGUACUGUUGAUACCAAGCCCCUCAAGAUUUGAAUGAGGGCUUGAGCCAAACUUUGUGGCUUAAAAAAAAAUUGGUAAUCAGUAGCUGUAGCUAGAUUGUUAUGAUUAAACAACUGCACUGUUAGCAUUUUUUGCUAGGCUGAUCUUUUGUUUUAGGAAAAACAAAGACAAUCCCAAUGUAAAGGGGCUGGCUGGACAAGGGCCAGGAGUGAAGGAGUUGACUUCACAAGUUGAAAGAACUGGGCAAUAAGUGGGGGAAGGUAAUUCUGGCAGUGGGAGACUGAAACCCAUUGACCACCUCUUCAAAAUGGACCCCCAACUGAAAUUGAAGGGAAAUACCUAAAUCCAGACCUUGAAUAUUUGACUAAAACAUAAAUUUGAUUUUCAUGGGUUAAAGCACACAAGAAAGACUGAAAAUGUAGGAAGAGAAGUUUCAGCAUAAAUAAAUUGUUCUCAUUUUUGCUAUUUUUCUUGGUACAAAGGCCCUUUGUGGUGCAUCUCUGCAAUAGUAUUUCAGUUUUAACAUUGUCAACAAGCCUCUGAUCAGAUGCUCUUCUGUGCUUUACAAAAGGGUGAAAGAGUUGGUUACCCCUCACAAAUAUUUUCCAAUAACUUGCUUAAAGAAAGAUUGAAUUGCUGAAUUUUCUCACUUGUCUUUAAGACCAAAAAGAAUCCAAAACAAAAUGUGAAGUUUUUCAAACAAUGCUCAUACCUGGUCUUCAUUAGGGUCCAAAUUACUGUUUAAUUGUAUCCAGUGUCAAAGCUUGUUAAAACCUUCGUUUGAAAAGUGAUACUAAAUUGCUCUGUGUAGGAGGUCCUUAGAACCAUAUGGUCCCUGACCUCAUCUCUCUGCACACCUCUCCUCUUUACUGGAGUAUAGCAUCUUCAAGUGGAUGCAUUU